AUGACGCAAGUUGGGUUCGGACAGGAGCUUCGCAGCCGUAAAAAGACCUCAGGGUUGGGUCACGUCAAAAGCUCCAGCGCGAGGUGGGCUGCGCUUGUCUCGUGGAGGGGCAGAGGGGCUGCGCGGGAGGGGCAACUGGUACCACCGCUGCCCACCUCGAGAGUGCCGCCGCUGGCAGGCCGAGCAGCAGCAGGUUGGCAGCACACAAUCAGCAGUUCUGGUGGGGCCCUCAGCGGCCCCGGUCUGGCCCGGAGCCUGCAGCUGCCCCGCACUCAACCUCACUGCAGCGUCCAAGUCGCCCAAGUGACCUGA